CGUCCAUGAGUGUUCAAACUCAGGUAGUAGAACAGAAACCAGUCACACCCAGUUCAAUGACGUAGCAGACUAGUGCUGCCAAGUAAGAUGGCGUCGGUGUCAGAAAUGUACGAUGUAACCUGGGAAGAAAUGAGAGACAAGCUUCGGAAGUGGCGAGAGGACAACCAUAGAAACAGUGAACAAAUUGUGGAUGUUGCCGAAGAGUUAAUAAAUGAACAUGCAUCUAAACUCGGAGAUGACAUAUGGAUAAUUUAUGAGCAGGUGAUGAUCGCAGCACUGGAUUGCAGUCGGGAUGAUUUGGCUUGGACUUGUCUACAGGAACUGAAGAAGCAGUUUCCAGGUAGCCAACGAGUAAAGCGAUUAGGGGGAAUGCGGCUGGAGGCUUUGGAAAAGUACGAGGAGGCUGGCAAGCAGUAUGAUUCAAUACUGCAAGAGGAUCCUACCAAUACGGCAGCGAGGAAGAGGAAGAUCUCCAUUCUGAAGGCCCAGGGGAAGAACACCGACGCCAUCCGCGAGCUCAACGAGUAUCUGGAGCUGUUUGUUGGGGACCAGGAAGCAUGGCAUGAGCUUUCAGACCUCUACAUCAACGAACAUGACUAUGGAAAAGCAGCAUUCUGUCUGGAGGAGCUGAUGAUGACCAACCCUCACAAUCACUUGUACUGUGAGCAGUAUGCUGAGGUGAAGUACACCCAGGGGGGACUGGAAAACUUGGAGCUGUCCAGAAAGUAUUUCGCCCAGGCGCUGAAGCUGAACAACCGAAAUAUGAGGGCCUUGUUCGGCCUUUACAUGUCUGCAAGCCACAUUGCCGCCAGCCCCAAAGUGAACGCCGCAGUGAAGAAGGCCAAUGUGAAGUAUGCUGCAUGGGCCGCCAAUCAAAUCAACCGAGCCUAUCAGCUGGCCGGUCGCGGGACGAAGGAGAACAAAUGCUCCGUGAAAGCCGUGGAGGAGAUGCUGGAGUCCAUGCAGAUCACCAUGUCCUAGGCCCUAACUGCUCCACCGCCCCGCCCCCCCGCUCCUCCCCCAACCCACCCACGUUCGACAAGACUCAACACGGCAGCUCUGUUGGCUUAGUGCUCUGCCCUCGCUCCAGCUUGGACGACCCCCUCCCAUUUUAAAUGUAUGUAGAGCAGGACUGUAUCUUAAAUGACAUCCUAUGUUAAGUUUCCUUUUUGGGGGCACUGCUCUUGUCCUGAAAGCAAUUUAAAAAUAGCGCACGAUACAGGAAACGGGUUGACAUUUGAGAUACCGGCCAGGUAGAGGAAGUUUUCACGUCAACGUUCUGGACUGAGAUGCAAAUUGAAAAGAAACCGGCCGGAAAAAAUCCAAACAAUUGAAGGCUUGGAUUGGUCCAUCUGUAAGCAGCUAGGCCUUCGGAGAUGUACUAACAUCUGUAAAUGAAAUGGAAUCUUUUUAUUGUAACUAUUGUUGUUUUUCUCUGUCAUCAAGAUGUCUUAAUAAAGGACUGAAUUGU